AAGGUAAAACAAAGAAUAUGGAAGCAGCUUUUAUUUUUCUUGGAAAAAAAGAAGAAGAACAAACACGCACUCCCCAAGUCCCAACUCCAAGAAGCCAAAACUAACAGAAACCCACAGUUCAACUAAAAGAUUUUGAGAGAGCGAAAUGGAAGAAAAUGGAGUCUCAGUGGAGAAUGGUAAUGGAGGUGCUGAGACAAAUGGAAGCUUCGACAUGGGGGCUUUAGGGAGGUGCUUAAGCAGCUAUGGAGAUGAAGGCAGCGCAGAGAGUUGCAGAUACUAUCUUUCAAGAAGAACUGUUCUUGAAAUGUUGAAAGACAGAGGUUAUGCUAUUCCCAGCGUAGAUAUUAACAUCUCUCUUCAAGAAUUUCGAGCUAUUCAUGGCCAAGACCCAGAUAUCGAUCGCCUCAAAAUUUCUGCUAUUCACAAGUCCAAUCCCAAUAAAAGGAUGCUGGUCAUUUUCUGUGGACCUGGCGUGGUAAAAGUCAGUUCAGUACGGGUCAUUGCUGCUCAGAUUGUUAACAAAGAUAUUUUAACUGGUCUGAUAUUAAUCUUGCAAAACCAAAUAACAAACCAAGCCCUGAAAGCUAUGGAUCUUUUUAAAUUUAAGGUUGAGAUGUUCCAGAUAACUGACUUGCUUGUUAAUAUCACAAAGCAUGUAUUAAAACCAAAGCAUGAGGUUCUGACUGAACGGGAAAAGCAAAAGCUUCUGAAGAAAUACUCCAUUGAAGAAAAGCAGCUUCCUCGACUCUUAAAGAAAGAUGCAAUUGCACGAUAUUAUGGACUCGAGAAGGGACAGGUUGUGAAGGUUACGUACUCUGGCGACAUUACCGAGUCACAUGUUACUUACCGCUGUGUCUGGUGAUGACUGGGGAUACCUUUGCAUUUUCUUCAAAUGCUGUAUAAUUUUUGUUGUAUUAUCUUUUCUGUAUGUGAUUUUCAGAUAGUAGUAACAUUUUUAUUUCAUUCUGUGGACUGUUGUACCAGUUUGAGCAUUCCUACUUUCAACCCGUACUUGACAAUGCUCAUAAAUAAGCUUCGAGGCGAUGGGAAGUGUGAAUGCAGUGAGUGUUUGUCAAUGUGUUUUAAUGUAAUGGAAUAAGUUUAUUAUUGAUUGUUCUAUCUUUGUCCCUG